GCGCGACUCCUCCUCCUAUACUGUAAACCGAGAAAGCGCGUGGUGUGGGCGGGUCUCCCAAUAUAGCGUUUCUGCCAGAGAUUGGCUGCCUGUCACCUGGUAGUCAGCGAGCCCCUCCCCCUCCAGCCGAUGCGGAGUGCGUCACUUAGUUGGGAGUUGUCAGAGCGGUUGGUAGCGGACUACUGGAAGAACGGAGGAUGGCGGAGGCACCGGGAGCAGAUAAUAGAGGGACUGGCUUUCAAGGUGUGUCGGAUUUGAACGCAGGCUUCCAAGACACCCUAGAGACUUUUCAACAGCAACUCCAGUAUAUUUGUGAUCUUCUGCAGCACACUCUGGAAGAUGUUGAUGUGCUUCAGUCACAGGCUGCUGAUACUUUGAAUCUAAGCAUCGGUGAAAUUGAACAUCUUCGAAGUAAUCUUUUAACAAGUCCAAUGACCAUGGCAAUGGAGGAAGAGAAUGAGGAACGUCAGACCAAUGACAUCAUCUAUACAGAAGACAAAAGUCAACAUAGUGAUAGUACUGUAGAGGAAGGUACGAUAACAUCAGAACAGUCGGAUACACUGGAUUUAACUGAACCGUUUUCAGAUGGUGAUGAGAAUUCACUUCUAAAUACUGACACACAGCAAAAUUAUAACCUGCAACACACGAAUGCAGACAACCGCAAACCAGGAGAAUCGAAUGUUUCAUUUAAAAAUGAUGGAGUCAACCUUCGGAACUUCUGGAAACAAGAUUCAUAUACUCAACAUAUGAAUGGGACUGAAGAAGUAGACUCUGGAAAUGUAAGCACAUCUGAUAGCACAUGUAAUUCCAUUGAAAGUGGUCCACUGUGUAGUACGAUGAAAAAUAUUGAAUUUGAGGAAAUUGUACAGGAUGAUACACUACACAUUAUGGACCUUAUUGAACACCGUGAUUCAAAUUACUUUAGUCAUGAGUGUGUGGAAUGUGAGCCAACACAAGAAGAAAUGGAAGAUAAGGGAAACCAUAACACAUUGUUUAAACGCAAACAGGAAGAAACAGCAGGGUUAAAUAGUUUCUCAAGCCGGGCAGAUCAAGCAAAAAUCCCUGACCAACCUGAAAGCAAGGCUUUUAAAGCUUUAAGACAACUGCAUAUUUGUGCCCAGUGCUUAAAUUCUGAACAUCUUCAAUACAGAGAGCAAAUCAACACGCUGACAAAAGAAAAAAGAUCCCUUCUUGUACAGUUAUCUAUAGCAGAGCAAAAUGCAGAGGUGUAUUAUCAGCAAUCGAAAACCGUGAUUGACAAAUGUGAAGAACUUCUUAAAAAAAGGAAACAAAUUCAGGAUGAAAGAAACGAUCUACGUUUUGAGAAGUAUUUACUGAUGAAAGAUAUAGAGCUGUUGAAAGAAGAAAAAGAGAAGAUUCUUAAAGGCUUAUCAACAGCUAAUACUGAGAAUGAAAAGCUCCUAAGAAAGUUAGAUUCCACAAAGAAAAUGGCAUGGUCUCACGCCAGAGAAAAACAAGCGAUACAUUGUUUGUGGAACCAGGCAUUAAAGGAAAAUUGCCUUCUCAGGAGAGAAGCUGAUGAAAGUAGAACCCAGCUCCUAAAGAUAACACAAGAAUACCAGAAAAAGAAUGAAGACCAGAGUGACCAAAAGCCACCAGAGUGAUGGAUCUAUAGAAUAAACACUAUAUCCAUA